CAACAUACUAAACCAUCAUCAUGUCUGGACGAGGAAAGGGAGGAAAGACAAAAGGAAAGGCAAAGAGCAGGAGUUCAAGGGCCGGACUUCAGUUCCCAGUUGGUCGUAUCCACCGUCUGUUGAGGAAGGGAAACUAUGCCGAGCGUAUCGGAGCUGGAGCGCCAGUAUAUCUUGCAGCCGUCAUGGAAUAUUUGGCAGCCGAGGUCCUCGAGUUGGCAGGCAAUGCAGCCCGUGACAAUAAGAAAUCCAGGAUCAUCCCUAGACAUCUCCAACUCGCCAUCCGUAAUGACGAAGAGUUGAACAAGCUUCUCUCCGGUGUCACCAUCGCCCAAGGUGGUGUGUUGCCAAACAUCCAGGCUGUCCUUCUCCCCAAGAAGUCUGGAAGCGCCAAGAAGUAAACACUUUUGUGCAUUCGACAACUUAACAACGGCCUUUCUAAAGGCCACAAUAUAUUUUAAAAGAGAUAAUCGUUACCACAUAU